AUGGUCCUUAUUUAUGUUGAUGACAUGGUGAUUACUGGAAAUGAUGCAGAUGCUAUACACAAUCUCAAGAAACUCCUUCAUCAGCAAUUUCACAUCAAAGAUCUCGGCAUACUGAAGUAUUUUCUUGGGUUAGAAGUUGCAAGGUCCAAAACAGGUAUCGUUAUCUCUCAGCGAAAAUAUACUUUAGAGAUCAUUGAUGAUGUUGGUUAUUCAGGUGCUCAACCCUCAAAGUUCCCCAUGGAAAUGAAUCUUAAACUCACAAAUCAUGAAGGUGAUAUUCUUCAUGAUGCAGCUCGCUAUAGGAGAUUAGUUGGACGACUGAUCUAUCUCACGAUAACAAGACCUGACAUUACAUACUCAGUUAACAUACUGAGUCAAUUCAUGCAUGCUCCGAGAAAAACACAUUGGGAUGCUGCUCUUCGGGUUAUUAAAUAUCUAAAAGGAAGUCCUAGUUUAGGUCUAUUAUUUCCAUCUAAUAACUCCCUCACUUUGAAAGCUUAUUGUGACGCAAAUUGGGCAAACUGUCCAAUGACAAGAAGAUCAACAACGGGCUAUUGUGUGUUCUUGGGAAGUUCAUUGAUCUCUUGGAAAGCAAAGAAGCAAAAAACUGUCUCAAGAUCAUCUUCAGAAGCUGAAUACAGGUCCAUGGCAGCCGCAACUUGUGAAUUAACUUGGCUAAGAUUUUUGUUUAAUGAUAUGCAAGUCUCUGUAGGACCAGCAAUGUUGUUAUGUGAUAAUCAAGCUGCACUUCACAUAGCAGCAAAUCCAGUGUAUCACGAACGCACGAAACAUAUAGAACUUGACUGUCAUGUUGUAAGAGAAAAGGUCCAAGCUGGUCAAAUUAUCACCAAGUUUGUUCCAUCUCACUUGCAGCUAGCAGACAUCUUCACAAAAGCUCUUGCUGUAAAUAUUUUCAAGGAGCUAACAUCCAAGUUGAACAUGCUUCAACUUGAGGGGGAGUGUUAA